CUCCUCCGGCUCUCCACUCUCCAAAUCAAUUAUUAGUUUUCCCGUUCCAGAUAAAAUGGAGAGCAACAAUAAUCCAACCACCACAGCUACUACUACUACUGAUGAAGCUUUUCCUGCGUUUUCCAAUGUUUCUGUUCUUAACUGUAUUGAUCUAUUGACCUCCGACAUUCAAAAAUCUGUUUCCUUACUCAAACAGGCAUGCCUGGAUUCUGGAUUUUUCUAUGUGAUCAAUCAUGGAAUCAGCCAGGAUUUUAUGGAUGAGGUCUUCUCCCAAAGCAAAAAAAUUUUUGACCUACCAAUUAAUGAGAAAAUGAAGCUCCUGCGGAAUGAGAAGAACCGAGGCUAUACCCCAAUUCUAGAUGAAUAUCUUGAUCCUGUUAAUCAAGUAAAUGGAGAUUACAAAGAGGGAUAUUAUAUUGGCAUUGAAGUGCCGGAAGAUGAUCCAGAAGCAGAAAAUCCAUUUUAUGGGCCAAACAUCUGGCCUACAACAGAUCUGUUACCUAGAUGGAGGCACACUAUGGAGAAAUAUCACCAAGAGGCACUUGAGGUGGCAAAAAAAGUAGCCAGGAUUAUAGCUCUUGCACUUGAUCUGGAUGCUGAUUUCUUUGACAAGCCAGAAAUUGCCGGCAAGCCUAUUGCAACAUUACGCUUGCUACAUUAUGAAGGUAGAGUUUCCAAUCCGUUGGAGGGAAUUUAUGGAGCUGGUGCUCACUCUGAUUUUGGUUUUAUCACUCUCUUGGCAACAGAUGAAGUCGUAGGCCUUCAAAUAUGCAAGGAUAGGCAUGCUAACCCACAGAUAUGGGAAUAUGUGUCACCACUUAAAGGUGCAUUUAUUGUAAAUCUUGGUGACAUGUUGGAGCGUUGGAGCAAUUGUUUUUUCAGGUCCACAUUGCAUCGAGUAUUAGGAAAUGGUCAUGAGAGAUACUCUAUUGCAUUCUUUGUGGAGCCUAGCCACGAAUGUCUUGUUGAGUGCUUACCUUCAUGUAAAUCAGAAACUAACCCGCCCAAGUUUCCUCCUGUGAAAUGUGUAACAUAUCUGAGUCAGCGUUAUAAGGAUACUCAUGCGGACCUGAGCUUGUACCAGAACCAUCAAGAUUAGUUGGUGAUGGUGCAACAGUUAUAGAAGAAAAGAAAAUGCUUUGGGAAAUUCAUCUGGAGGUGCAUUGCUGAAGCAUAUAGUUCAAAUGUUUGCCUUUGUAAUACAUAAUGUAAAGAACAGUAUAUAUUGGAAUAAAGAGAGGCCUUUUGUUCUCAAA